AUGGAGUUCACUACCACCGGAAUGUUGAACGAAGAUGGCAUCCACCUUGACAUGGAAAGAUUAAAGAAGGGCGAGGUCAACCUCGGAACCUCGAUUAUGGCAGUCACAUUCAAGGACGGUGUUAUUCUCGGUGCCGACUCCAGGACAACGACGGGCGCGUACAUUGCCAACCGUGUUACCGACAAGCUCACACAAGUCCACGACACCAUCUGGUGCUGCCGGUCAGGCUCCGCGGCCGAUACCCAGGCCGUCGCCGAUAUUGUCCAGUACCAGUUGGGCAUGUACGCCAUGCGCAACGGAAAGCCCCCAAUGACGCAAACCGCUGCCGCUAUCUUUCAAGAGGUCUGCUAUGCCAACAAGGACCGCUUGACCGCUGGCCUCAUCAUUGCCGGCUGGGACGAGCGACACGGUGGCCAGGUCUACUCGAUCCCCCUCGGUGGCUCCCUACACAAGCAGUCGUACGCCAUCGGCGGCUCGGGUUCGACCUACAUUUACGGAUACUGCGACGAGCACUGGAGGGAGGGCAUGGAGGAGCAGGACGCGGUCGAUUUCGUCAAGGGGUCGCUCAAGGAGGCCAUCAAGUGGGACGGAAGUUCCGGCGGUGUCAUCCGCAUGGUCGUUCUGACUGCCAAGGGCGCCCAGAGGCAUCUGUACCUCCCCGACGAGGACUACACGGUGAAGCACUAG